GUCUUGUCCACUUGACUCCAAAUCGAGACUGGGCAGAACACAUGUCAUGUGAUUGUCAACUUUGAACCGAGAUAGAACCAUGGCAGCAGCAGAGAAGAAGGAGCACCUGUAUAAGAUCUUGGUAAUAGGAGAGCUUGGCACAGGAAAAACCAGUAUUAUCAAAAGAUAUGUUCAUCAGUUCUUCUCACAGCACUACAGAGCUACUGUAUCCUUUUAUCAUGAUGCACACUGGAUGUGCCACUUACGUCAGAUGGACGAGUACUGUAAAGAUAAGGCGUUUGCUGGCUGGUUUGAGACUUCUGCUAAAGAGAAUAUCAACAUUGAUGAGGCAGCAAGGUUUUUGGUGACAAAGAUUCUAGCAAAUGAGGAACAUAUGCAGACAAAUGAAGAUGGGCCAAAAGACUCUAUCACAAUAACAAGUAGUAGCUCUUCUAUGCCUGGAGAAAAGAAAAGUUGUUGCUAGCAACACAGAAAAGCUAGUCUUUAUGCAAAUAUGUAAUAUGCUCAUCAAGGGAUGGAAUUUUCAGUUUUGGCUAAAUGAUUUGAAAAA